GCGGAAGCAGCGGCAGCCGCGGCUGGGGCUAAGGCUCCGGCCGUCUGCGGUUGCAGCGGCUGCUGCCCUCGAUCCAGGAGUCUAGCAUCGGAGUCCCUUGGUCUCGGAGCGCCGCCUGUGUUGGCGACGCGUUGUGGCCCGAGGGAGCCUCUCUGGUCUGCUGUGGCGUCUCUGCGUGUGCGUGCGAUUGACUGAUAACAAAGCUACUAUGAGUCUGUUAAACUGUGAAAACAGUUGUGGGUCCAACCAGUCCUCAAGUGACUGUUGUGCUGCCAUGGCCACCUCCUGCAGUGCUGCAAUGAAAGAUGACAAUGUGAGUGGAUCUGCCAGCACGGGGACCUUCUCCAGCUCCUUUAUGGAAGAGAUCCAGGGAUAUGAUGUGGAGUUUGACCCACCUCUGGAAAGCAAGUAUGAAUGCCCCAUCUGCUUGAUGGCUUUACGGGAAGCAGUGCAAACGCCAUGUGGCCACAGGUUCUGCAAAGCCUGCAUCAUCAAAUCCAUAAGGGAUGCAGGUCACAAGUGUCCAGUUGACAAUGAAAUACUGUUGGAAAAUCAACUGUUUCCUGACAAUUUUGCAAAGCGAGAGAUUCUGUCCCUGACGGUAAAGUGCCCAAAUAAAGGCUGUUUGCAAAAGAUGGAACUGCGACAUCUCGAGGAUCAUCAAGCCCAUUGUGAAUUUGCUCUUAUGAAUUGUCCCCAAUGCCAACGUCCUUUCCAAAAGUGCCACUUUCAUAUACACAUUAUCGAGGAUUGUCCCAGGAGACAGGUUUCUUGUGUAAACUGUGCUGUGUCCAUGCCAUUUGAAGAGAAAGAGAUUCAUGAUCAGACCUGUCCUUUGGCAAAUAUCACCUGUGAAUACUGUGGUACAGUCCUCAUCAGAGAACAGAUGCCUAAUCAUUAUGACCUAGACUGCCCUACAGCUCCAAUCCCUUGCACAUUCAGUGUUUUUGGCUGUCAUGAGAAGAUGCAGAGAAAUCACUUGGCACGGCACCUGCAAGAGAAUACCCAGUUGCAUAUGAGACUGUUGGCCCAGGCUGUUCAUGAUGUAAACCUUGCCUUUCGUUCAUGUGAUACUUCCUCUCCAUCCCGAGGAUGUUGUCCAGAGGAUCCAAAUUAUGAGGAAACUAUCAAACAGUUGGAAAGUCGCCUAGUAAGACAAGACCAUCAAAUCCGGGAACUAACUGCCAAAAUGGAAACUCAGAGUAUACAUGUAAGCGAGCUCAAACGAACCAUUCGUACCCUUGAGGACAAAGUUGCUGAAAUGGAAGCACAGCAGUGUAAUGGGAUUUAUAUUUGGAAGAUUGGCAACUUUGGGAUGCACUUGAAAUCCCAAGAAGAGGAGAAACCUGUCGUCAUCCAUAGCCCCGGAUUCUACACAGGCAGACCUGGGUACAAGCUGUGCAUGCGCCUGCACCUUCAGUUACCAACUGCUCAGCGCUGUGCAAACUACAUAUCCCUAUUUGUCCACACGAUGCAAGGAGAGUAUGACAGCCAUCUCCCCUGGCCCUUCCAGGGUACAAUACGCCUUACAAUUCUUGAUCAGUCUGAAGCAGUAAUAAGACAAAACCAUGAAGAGGUCAUGGAUGCUAAACCAGAGCUGCUUGCCUUUCAGCGCCCCACAAUUCCACGGAACCCCAAAGGUUUUGGCUAUGUAACAUUUAUGCACCUGGAAGCCUUAAGACAGGGAACCUUCGUUAAGGAUGACACGUUAUUAGUACGCUGUGAAGUCUCUACUCGCUUUGACAUGGGUGGCCUUCGGAAGGAAGGCUUCCAGCCACGAAGUACUGAUGCAGGAGUGUAGCAUCCAUUUACUUGUGCUAAAGGACUACAGACCAUACGAAAAACAGUGCCUUCCUUGCCUGGUCCCAAAAAAGAAGAUCCAAACAAGCAGUGGGAGAGGUGUAACACCUAGCAGCAAAUGUCAUCGUGAGGUCUUUUACUUCUUACUGUUACAAAUAUCUGAGACAGUUUUCGUGGGAAUCUACAUGUCCCCCGUGUCUUCAGAAAUUUAACAUUUGAAGGUCUGUGCCUAAUCUGCUUGUCAGUGUAUCUCUCCAUUGUACUUCAUGGGCUUUUUCCAUGUACUUCACUGUAAAGAAAAGAAAGGCCAGAGUUAGUGUGCUGAAGCUCUUGUUUAAUGAUACUAGGUGCCUUAGAAACUGAGGCUGUCUUUAGGACAUUGAUGACUCUAUUAAACAUGAGAAUCACUACUGCCUGUGCUGACACCAGUGAGAAAUUUGCUGCUCAGGUGCUGAGUUCUCAUUUCAGUUGACGCCUGUGAAUUUCAGAAGCUUUGAACCAUGGUCCCUGGAAAGCCUAAGUUCUCAUGUGCUGCCUUCCCCGUUGUUCACUAAGGACCAGGGGCUUGCGUUAGCUCUUACUCAUUUAGUGUGAGCAUCUUGUCUGUUGAGCACCUAGUGCUUCUUCCCUGCUUGCGUAUGUUGGGGCUGCAGGCAGCAGUUUCUCCGGUAUGUAAUACUGUGACAAUGUGGUUGCCAACUGUCGACUGCCACUGCCGUGUAAGCUUUCUUGUCUGUUCAGUGCAGCUUGGUCCCCACAUCCCUGUGCAUGUCUUCUGUUGCUUGCAAACACAAAAGCAGCAGGGUAAACAUUAAAAGUGAUUCAGCUCAUCUGCCAUUAAAUGGCAGGCAUGUUAUGGAUGACUACAGAAACUCUUACAACCAGGAAACUUGUCAGCCCUCUUGAUUUAGCUUAGUUAAUUGAGAUAAAAUUGAUUUCCUCAAGGGGCUGGAGAGAUGGCUCAGUGGUUAAGAACAGUGGCUGUUCUUCCAAAGGACCCAGGUUCAAUUCUCAGCACCCACAUGGCAGUUUACAGCUAUCUGUAACUCCAGUUCUAGGAGACCUGACACACUCAUACAGAUAUCCAUGCAGACAAAACACCAAAGCACAUAAAAUAAAAAUAAAUAAAAUUUGUUUCCUUACAAUAGAAUCUGUUAAAACUUAAAUUGUAGGUAUUUGAGAGAUGUCUAAACCAAUGUUGGCAGUCACUGUGGUUGAACUUGAGUGGGUGGUAUUAGUCCAGCUCAUUUCCAGUUCUGUGCAUAUUCUGUAGAAUGUAUUGGUAUGGCCAGAUGUUCCUAACAUGGAGAGACUGGUGAUCAUUAUGCUGUUGUACUGUGGAAUCUAGUUCUCAGGGAGCCCUACAACUAAUUAGAGCACUUACAAGGAACCUAAGGGGAUCCAUCUACUACUGUUUACUGAAGAUUGUUUAUGUUUUCUGGUCAUAAGAAAAGGGACUUCUAUCUCUGGCCAAAUCAGAACCGCUGGCCAGUGCUAGAUCUGCUCUGCUUUCCAGAGGACGCCCAGAGACCUUGACAGACAGAGGAGUCUGCUUUUCAGUUGUAGUCCAUCCCCCCACAAGUGGCGCUUUGACCACUUCGCUUCUCUCUCCUUGCUUCCAUUCCACCCAUAAAGGUGAAGGAAAGACCUUGUCCCCUCCCUUAGCACAAGCUCAUCGUGCAUCAUCAGUCGAUUUCCUGGAGUACACGCUCUCAGCUGCGCCUUCAGCAGCCCCUGAGCCACUUGCAGCACCUCCUGCCUAGGGAAACCUGCAUUGCCCUAUUCCUGCAGUUGUUUCCCAUUUGGAUAAGUGUGGGGUUUGUUGAAAAAGCAAGCAGUAGUUAUUUUUAUUUAUUUUGAAAAUGUACUGGACUAUUUGAGAUAUUGUUUUCUAAUGUGUUCUUACUUUUUUUCAUAUUCCAUAAUAAACAUUUUUAUCAGAAAGUUAAAUGUCACCACAAAAUAUCAGCUCCCUUUCCCCUCUGUGUUUUGAAAAAGGAAAUGAUAUUUAAGAGCUUCCUGGUCAGAUUUCUAUUUAAAAGAUGCCUGUAUUAGGUGGUAAGAACAGUCAUUUCCUGCCUUGGUUUUGGCAUUUUUUUUUUUUUAACACCAGCAUCUUAAGUUUUUUGCCUAAGUUGAACUUUUCCAAGUGUGAUGUUCCUUCCUGUAAAGCAAGUUGGAGUAGAUGUUUCUAGUGGUUGUGUUGAGAAGCUCAAUGUUAAGCCACAAAACACUGACAACACUGGCUUUACCAGUGGGGAACCAGUGUGACAGUCCCCACUACUGACACAGUGCUUUAUUUAAUGUCCAUCAGCUGAUGUGCAUCUAACAUGGUUUUAUAACUUCUCGAAUUGGAUGUUGUAAUGAGCCAACUGAUUAUCUUAUGACAACUCAGUCACCGUGAAUGCAAAGUAAAAAUGAUCAAGCUGGUUUUAUAGACACUUCUUAGUUGUCGUCCUGCUCCCCCCCCCCCACUCCCCAGUCCUGAGCAUUCUCAGGACUGUGUAUACAGUGUGUUGGUCAUGGUUUCUUAACAAUUGUUUUUUCUUCCAAAAAUGUUGUUCCAAAAAGGUUUUCCUCCAAGUCAAAUAUUUUCCUACCAGAAAUCAGGCCUGUUGGUGACUGUAGUUUGGUAAUUGGUUACUGUCCUUUGGCUAUGACCAUUUCUGGCUGGUCAAUUUUCCCUUCCGAAACUGAAAAGGAGGAAAGGGUGAAUUAGAAUGCAAGAAGAGCUUUUUUCACCCUAGUAAAAUCAACUGACAGGCGUUGGAUGAUUUCUCACAGUUAAAUUUCAUAACUGGUAUAAAGUUGAAUUUUUACCAGUAUUAAGCAAACUAAGACUAAUUUGUGAAUUAUGUGUAUUAUGUGUGCAAUUAGACUAUUCUCUUAAUGCUUGCUACUGCUUUAUCUAAAGUUUCCUUAAUCUCCUGUAACCAGAAAAAGUUUUAAUUACUAGAGGUUAUUCUAACUAAAGACUGAAGUGCUUUUCCUUUUUUUUUUUUUUUUUUUUCUUUCUUUCUUUCUUUCUUUCUGUUAUUAACCCACUUUUCUGGCAUGCCCUAAAUCCUCUUCAUUGUCUUAAUAUAAAAUGCCACUACAUUUUUUGUGUGGUGUUUGGUGAUUAUUUUCCUAGAUGCCCUAAGCGGGUGACUAGGGCACAGUCAAUUGUCAUUGGAUUGUUGAAAUACUCUUUAAAUGUCAGCAUUCUCAAAGUAGCUGUCAUUUGUUUCAUAGUUGAUGUGAUUGUCUGUGGAAUGAAAUGGACUGGUGCUUCCCAAUUCCCAGAAUCCAGAAAAAUGAGCCAAAUGUCAUCAAUCCGAACAAGUUAACACUCAGUCACAAGUCUUGAGGUCACUGGAAUGGAAUUAACAUUUCUCUGAAUGUCACCUGUGUCCUUGAUGUUUUAAACUGUUCAACCCCCACCACCACCCCCCAAAAAACAAUCAGCUUAAUAAAAAAAUAAAAAAUAAAAAAAACAGGAAAACAAUUCUAGUUGAAAACAUGGAAUGUGGAGAGGUGCUCCAUGUCCUGCCUGGUGUCUCCUUAGCAGAACCCAGCCCUAACUGACAGAGAAGGGAAAGAGUGGCCUGCUGGACACUUGCCACUCAGAAUGUAGUGCAGUCUGUCUCCUCAAAAUGUAGUUCCCUUUUGUGUGGGCCCCAGGGGAGGGCCGAGGUCCUCCUGUAGGCACUGCUUCGGCCCCUGUUCCUGACACACUGUGCAUGGGCUUGAGCAGUAACUAGCAACACUCAAUGAAAGCCAGGUGGACUCCAGCUGGCUUCUGGGUAGCCUGCUGAUCAUGUAAGUUGCUAAAGUGAGUGUUCUGUUUCUGUUUUUUCCCCCGGCACUUUAUCACAGCAGUUCUCAAAUCAGAGAUAUGUUUAAAGCCUAGUGAACAUCUACCACCCAGGACUACAAGAACGUUUGUUAGGUUUGCCCUGUUGUGUGAUGUUCCUUCAGUGCAGCUUCUAUUUUCUUUAAGACUGUUCAGUCCUGAAAUAAACAGCUUGGAGUUGUCUAUAAUUCUCCUUGGAAACUUGUGAUGUUUUAUUGUAAUUCAAAUGCUUUAUGCCAAUGGUAAGAUUUGUAUGACUUUAAUCUCAUUUCUUUGUCUACAAGAGUAUUUUUCAUAAAGGAUUUAUUUUGAA